UUCAAACGAAUCAUCUUUUCCCCUACAAACAACCAUGGGUAUGUAAGAUGCUAAUUUCGCAACCUCAACCUUAGUCGUGAGGAGAAUAAAAUCUACCAACAAACGCAAAAAAAAAAGAGAAGAAGUUCGAAAUGCAUAUAAGCUUGCGUACCUAAGGAGUGCAGUGCAGUUUUUAAGGUAGCCAGCUGCCAAAACACCACAGACCAUGUCAAGUUUUCCGACAAUGAAGAUGAACAGUAGGUUUAGAGGCGAUGUUGACGAUAUGUACAAUGUCCACGGUCACGCUGGUAAUCAUUGUCAUGAGGCAAUUUUAAAAGGCCUAGGAAGAAUAAUUAAUUCAAGAUCAGGCAACAAACCAGUGCAACCAGUCGCCAUAGCAGACUUCGGAACUGCGGAUGGACGCGCUUCACGUUCCCUCAUCAAUGAAAUGAUUGAUGAAAUUCAAACAGGCCUUGGCAAGAAUCAGCCCAUUGUCGUGUACUAUAAUGAUCAGCCGAAGAAUGACUUUAACCUUCUGAGCAAAACUAUCCAAGGUUGUACAAAGUAA